CUCAACAGACAAAGCUACGAUGGGCUGGAAAAGAAGCUAAAAGAAGUCUUCAGUGAACGGAGCAACAUCCUGCAUCAGCUCUCCAAGACAUCAAAGGAGUUGGACAGCAUAAAAGGCAACCUUCAGUCGCUGAAAAAGGAUGACUCAGUGGCCAAAAAGGACGUGCAGAGGAUUCUGGAGCUCAGCCACAAACAGAGAGAGGAGAUGAAGUCCCUCCAGACAGCCCUGCAGAAGCAGCUGGAAGAGGCCAAUGAGAGAGCGGAGAAGCAGCAGGCCACGAUCAAAUUUCUUAAAGUGGAGAUGGAGAAAAAAACCAAAAUCAUCAAGGACUUACAGCAAGAGAACAAGAGCUUGAAAACGAAACUACUCUCGGGACACAAACUUUGUGAUGCCUAUGCCGAAGAGUCAAAAAAAAUCCAGGCUCAACUGAAAGAACUGCGGUACGGGAAAAAGGAUUUAAUUUUUAAGGGGCAGCAGCUAAUGGACUUGGAGCAGAAGUUAACCAUCGCCAAGGAAGAGCUGGAGAAGACUGCCCUGGAUAAGGAGUCUCAGAUGAAGGCACUGAAGGACACAGUUCACAUCUGCUUCUCAGCUGUCCUGCACAACCAGCCCAGCAGCAGCCCCAGAUUCCUCCCCUCCCACCUGUUCAGAUACUCAUCGCUCAUCAACAGCUCCAGAGUCACCUUUCAGCAGCCACAUGCCAAGGAUAUCUCUAAAGUUCAGAGAAUUGUCACAGCCAGUAAAUCACCCAUUAACAUGGAAGUAAUGAGGAGAGAGAGUGGCGGAGUUAAGGACUGCCAGAUGGAAAAGACCGGGGGCGACUGCCUUCAGAAUCAGACGAAGGAAUCCGCUCCAGAUAGUAAAAAGCUACCAGAGCCACAGCAGCAGAGGAGCCAGGCGCAGACUGUAAAAUCCACCACAAAGCUCUCAGACGCCAGCGAGGAUGCAGAGGGAGGCAGCAGCAAAAAGACAAAGCCACAUGAAUACGACUGAGCGGACGGCAUAUCAUCCAAAAUGCAGAGCUCCUGCAUUGCCUGAAGGAUCUUUCUAAGAGCACACACUUGCACACUCACACAAAAACCUCUGUGCGCCCACACAUACACACAGACACACAAACACACAUAUACACAGACACACAUAUCAGCAUUGUUUGCAAAAGCUGAGACACUGGAUUUCAAACUGUCAUCUGCAAACCUCCAUAGUAAAAUGGCAUGCAUUCUAGAAAUUCUUUUUUUUAAAAGAUAGCAAUGGCACUGGUAAAUUGUUUCAUGAUUGUUUAUUUGUUGUUUCCUUUUCUGAGUUUUAUUCUGAGUGAGGACACUGCUUUCUAAAUGUGUGAUCUUUAUAGAAAAAAUCCCUUUGUACUGGUGAGGUCUGACACUGUAUCCUGUGAUAAGUAUAUCAAUUGACAAUUAAAAAAUACUUCUACUAUUAUUACUACUACUACCCAACUUAGACUAUUGUUUGUCACUCAUUGUAAAAAGGUUAAUUUACUCCUCCACAUUUUGAAAUAUAGAGGCUCCGGUUGGCUGGCCAACUGCUGAACGUUUAAUAUUUCAGCGCUCUUUCUGCCUCCAACACUCCAGAGGCGAAGAGCCAAAGACUCACAAUGGGUCGUCUCCCUGAGAAUGUGCCAUGCACUGAGUAGUAACUCCUAGCUACAUGUAUCUGUGUUAUCUGACCUUUCUGUGUCCUUUCAAUAAACUGUAAUUUUCAGUAAA